UAUAAACCUCGCAUAGAGAACUCUACGUCCUCUCUCCUCUGCCUGUUAUUUUUCUUCGGCUCAGGGGUAAAGGAGACUCAAAAACCUCUGUUAAACCCCAGAAAAAUAGUCGCAAAAUCCAUUAGCAGGAUAUUUAUAGGGUUUCAGAAAAUCCGGUCUGCAGCAUCAAAUAACUUCAAUGCCGAGCCCAUACAUAAGGGCUGCCUGGUCUGCGGCCCGCGGGGUUUUAUCAUCUUCGAGCUCAAAAACUCAAAAACACAAAUAUUACAUUAAUUCUUUAGGUUCUGUCUGGUUUAGGAGCCGGGGCUUUUCAGCGACUGCACCAGCUGUUGAUCAUGUGGACAGCUUCGGUGCAAUGGAUCCUUCCAAAAUCCGUAACGUUGCAGUGAUUGCUCAUGUCGAUCACGGGAAGACAACGCUAAUGGAUAGAUUACUCAGGCAGUGUGGUGCAGAAAUUCCACACGAGCGCGCAAUGGAUUCCAUUAGCUUGGAGCGCGAGAGAGGCAUUACCAUUGCUUCUAAGGUUACUUCACUUUCAUGGAAUGAAACUGAGCUAAACAUGGUUGAUACCCCAGGUCAUGCAGAUUUUGGAGGUGAGGUAGAGAGAGUGGUUGGCAUGGUGGAGGGAGCAAUUUUAGUUGUAGAUGCUGGUGAAGGUCCACUUGCACAAACAAAAUUUGUUGUUGCAAAAGCUUUAAAACGUGGGAUUCGUCCAAUUCUUCUAUUAAACAAAGUAGAUCGACCUUCAGUGUCUGAAGAAAGGUGUGGAGAGGUGGAAAGCUUGAUAUUUGAUUUAUUUGCAAAUCUUGGUGCUUCAGAGGAGCAAUUAGAAUUUCCAGUUUUGUAUGCAUCCGCCAAAGAGGGAUGGGCAUCACAAACAUUCACAAAACAGCCAGCUGCAGACCAGAGAAAUAUGUCUGCCUUGCUUAAUGCGAUUUUGAAAUAUGUGCCUCCACCACAAGGAAAUUUGGAAGCACCAUUCCAGAUGCUGGUCUCAAUGAUGGAGCGCGAUGUCUAUCUAGGGCGAAUACUAACUGGUCGUAUCACUUCAGGCACAGUUCGUGUAGGAGAUAAAGUGCAUGGUUUGUGUGAGACAGAUACAGGAUCACAGAAAAUCGACGAGGGGAGGGUUGUCAAACUUAUGAAAAAGAAAGGGACCAUUACAGCUAUGAUAGAUUGUGCUGGCUCUGGUGAUAUUAUUUCCGUUGCUGGCCUAGCAAAUCCUUCUCUUGGUCACACGGUAUCUAGUGUUGAGGCGACAACUGCAUUGCCAAAAGUAGAACUGGACCCUCCUACAAUUUCUAUGACUUUUAGUGUGAAUGACUCCUCACUUGCUGGCCGUGAUGGGAACCAGCUAACUAGUGCCAAAAUUGGAGAGAGAUUGAAAGCUGAAGCGGAGUGUAAUCUUGCUAUAAAUGUUGUGGCGGUUCCAGGCACAGAUUCCUUUGAAGUUCAGGGUAGGGGAGAAAUGCAACUCGGUAUACUUAUUGAAAAUAUGCGCCGUGAAGGUUUUGAACUCUCUGUCUCUCCUCCAAAAGUAAUGUACAAAAUUGAGAAUGGAGAAAAGCUUGAGCCUUUGGAGGAAGUCACCAUUGAGGUGGAUGAAGAACAUGUUGGAAUUGUUAUGGAGGCUUUAUCACACAGGCGGGGGGACUUGAUAGACAUGGGUCCUUGUGCAGGAGCUGAGGGACGAACAAGAAUGUCUUUGAUAUGUCCCUCAAGAGGACUUGUUGGAUAUCGAAGUGUGUUUAGUGCUGAUACACGUGGUACUGGAUUUAUGCAUCGUGCAUUUCAAAGUUAUGGAAAAUUUCGUGGUCCUCUUGGGAAUGUAAGGAAAGGGUCACUGGUUUCAAUGGGUUCGGGGACAAUCACUGCAUAUUCACUUAUGAGUUUGGAAGCCCGUGGAAUUCUAUUUGUUGCACCAGGAACAGAGACUUAUGAUGGAAUGAUAAUCGGGGAACAUUCACGGGACGCUGAUCUUGAUGUGAAUCCCGUAAAAGCAAAAGAGCUGUCUAAUAUGCGUUCUGCAAACAAGGACGAAAAUGUCCGUUUAGCACCCCCGCGUCAGAUGACCCUAGAGGAAGCGAUUGGAUAUGUUGCUGCUGAUGAACUCAUUGAGGUAACCCCAAAAGCUGUGCGCUUGAGGAAAAAAUAUUUGGAUGUCAACAAACGAAAAUCAAUGCGACGUAUGAUCAAGGAAUGAUAUCAGAAGUGCAGAUAUCUGUGCAUUGACUGCACAGAUUUUUUGAACACAACCUACUUUCGUAUAAGAGUUCCACAUGCAAGUACAAGAUUAAGAGAGAUUUUUGGUGGGCAGUUCAUUGAUAUGUGCUUCAUUUUUCUCGAAUAACAUUGAGAUACUGACAUUUAUUUCAAAAUUCUUUUAGAAAGGAAGAAAUUCACUUUGUUAUAAAUGCGCCUUGAGCUAAGAAGAAGCUGAUGUCUACAUUGGAGAAGCUGUAAUAUGAUAUGAAAAAUAAAAUUUUCAAAGUGAUCUAUUGGUAUGUACCCAUAUUUCUGAAGAACUCGUUUAGAAGGAAAAUAAUCCUGUUUGUUGUAGAUGCUCCAAAGGCUGAAGGGAAGCUUAGACUAGGUUGAAGAGGCCGCAGUGUAAUAUCAAUUAAAAAAAAUAAAAUUAACAGAGAUAUCGACCUUAUACCUUUUCUUUGGCAGCAUUCAUUGCAGCCUGCUGUAUGUAUCUCAGACAUUUUUACCUCUUCAAAUUUGCAAUAAUUUGCCUCAA